AUGAGUGUGAUUGAAUGGAAGGAGCAUAAGGGAUUUUGUCUUGCUUAUGAGGAAACCGUAGACCAAGAAUCAAGAGAGUCGAAGGUUACCAAUGGAUUAGAAUGCCUUCCAUGGUCGUCGUUUUUACCAGAAUUUGAGAAAGAUAGCAACAAGUAUAAGCUAAAUGAUAAUGAUGAAGAAGCUCUAGAGAAAGAACAAUUACUACAACCACCACCAUCAUCAUCAUCAUCAUCAUUACCAUCAUCAUCACAAUCAGCUUCUUCUGCACCAUCUCCAAAAAAAUUGUCAAAACUGGAGAAGCGUGAACUACGUCAGUUGAAAAAAGUUAAUGCUCAAAGAAAGCGGCAGUUGAAACGACAAACCGAGUUAGAAGAGACUGGUUUAGAAGUUGAAAGUGACACAUCGUUUAAGCCAUUUUUGGCCAAGAGGGAUAUAAAACAUAUUUUUACCAAUAUUAUACUAAACAAGGCUGCAAGCGAGACCCAAGAUGGAGAAGGAAGUACGAAUGGUGACUGUAGUGAGAGCAGAGACGAAAAAGGAAGAAGAAAAGGGAAAGCAAAGGCUAACGGGAAUCAUUCCGCUAAGGCUCGCGAUUUCAAAAUUUUUCAAUACCAUUCAAUCGCUAUAUACAAAUCUGAUUUGGAGCAUAUCUUACCUGGAGAAUGGCUCAACGAUAAUGACAUAUCCUUUGUUUAUGAGCUUAUAACACAAGCAUUUAUAAACUCUGGCAGGUGCCGAGAUUUUGCCAAUCAAGUAUGUCUUCUUUUUCCAAGUUUAAUCCAGCUAAUCCAGCAUUUUCCAGCAGAAAGUAUUGAAACGUUAUUGCCAAUGAACGAUUUACUAAAACUGAAAUUUGUUUUUCUUCCAAUAAAUUAUAUUGAAGAACCUCUCGAAGAAAUUAACCUUGAAGGUUCAAAUAAUGGUGAUCACUGGGCCUUGGGGGUAUUAUCCUUGCUAGAGAAUACACUCUAUGUCUAUGAUUCCAUGAGAGUAGACGAUAAUGUAAAUGAAGAACGACAGAAGCAAGAUCAGGAUUCUACAUAUGCAGUGCGACCAACAAACGAAUUUUGA